UUUCUGUUCUCUCCACGCACAGUUAGCGGUUUAUGAGCACAUCGCCCAGGCGUGCGUUUGCCCACCCUGUCCAUUCCCGUCCAGCCUAAGCUCCCUGCUCCCAUGUUUUGAGCCCGCUCCAGUCCAGGAGACAGUUCACCAUGUCCACCGGGUCUCUCAGCGAUGUCGACGACGAGCUCCUGGACGGCAUCCUGAAGUUCGGCUCCUCCGGUAAAGACUCCAACGAGAGCACAGAGGAAAGCUCCAACUGCGAGGGCCCGUGCGCGAACGACGAGCGGAGAGACGCGCCGGGCAAGAAAAGGAAGACAGCGUCCCGGAAAACGGCGCCCAAGGGUGUGGCACAGCAGGAGGGCAAGCAGGUGCAGAGGAACGCGGCCAACGCUCGGGAGAGAGCCAGGAUGCGAGUCUUGUCCAAAGCCUUCUCCCGGCUGAAGACCUCUUUACCCUGGGUACCACCGGACACCAAGCUCUCCAAACUGGACACGCUGCGCCUGGCGUCCAGCUACAUCGCGCACCUCCGGCAGAUACUAGCCAACGACAAAUACGAAAACGGAUAUAUCCACCCUGUUAACCUGACGUGGCCUUUCAUGGUCGCAGGUAAGCCGGAGAACGAUUUGAAGGAGAUGCUGAACACAACGAGGCUAUGUGGGACGACGGCGUCUUGAUGCAUCCAUACGGGAACACCUCUAGCCUACAAGCCACGGUUUUUCUUGAGGGAACAAUAAUUUUCCGAGAAAAAGAGAAAAAAAAAAGAGAAAAAAAAAGAUAGUGACUGAAAUGCACGUCUCAUCUCCGCAGAUUUUGAGUGGGAAUAACGGAGGGAGCGCGUCUUCUCUCCUUCGUUCCCGUAAAGACAAGCUGAAUUUUAUUUAAAUGCAUCCUGUCACACAUUGUUGUCUUUGCUGGUCCAAAGAUAAACUGCGUGCUUUCAAUUGCUUUUUUAUAUUCUGCAGAUGCAUUUUUUUUUUACUCGUGCAGGACCUGUUUUGGCGGCUGCGUUAUGAUGGAUGGCUGUGCACAUGACACGUCUCCACUGUCUCCAAUGGUUGUACAGAUUAUACAUGUAUAUAAAUAUAUUUGUAUCACUUUUA